AUGGUACUUCCAACACGGCAAUGUAUUACAUGUCCAUGUCCAACAACUUCCACGACAUGUCCGGUAAUGCCAAUUGACCGCUGUCCAUGUAAUGUACAAAUUAGUCACCUUUUGCCAUGUCCAAUAUUACCAAGUGAUCCAGUAAUGGCGAGACAAUUUCCAACUAUUUCCAGAAUCCCAUACUUAUCAGCCGAAAUAGUGGUACCCAUAGAAGAUAAAGCAGCUAUUGACUAUCUGCGCAAACUUGGGUAUGUAGAAGAAUCCAGCCUAUCUCCAGCUAAUCUUUGUCAAAAUUUACCUUCCGGUGCAUUACCUCCUUCUGAUCAAGCUGCACUUUUUAAUUUGCAAUCGAGACCAGCAAUGAUACCAUUAUCAAUGCAACCAGCAAUUGCAAUUCAGACUCCUCAAUUGAUUCAUCACCAACCAAUGCCAUUUCAUUUUUUACCAAAUAUAAAUACUUUACAACAACAGCCAGGAUUCGCUCAACUUAAUUCUAUGCAACCAAUAAAUAUCUUAUCAAUGCAGGAACAAGAUAAGCAACAAUGGAUAACACCUAGAUCAGAUGGAUAUAUCAGAUCUAAUCUUCAUUUUUCUGCUCCGGAUACCUCGCAUAAGCAUAACGAUUUUAUGCCAUGUCAGGAUUGUAACCCUCCAGGAAAAACCAAUGCAACAGCGACUCCUUCAAUAUGCGAAGUCAUGCUAAUUUUAUCAGCAGUUAUUGGUUGGCUUAAAGCGUUGUAG